GUAUUCCGUUCCCGAACCACAUCCACUCCCUCUAAAAAUUGACACUCCCUCUUCUUCUUCUCCUCCUUCUCCUUCUUCUCCUCUUCCUCGGCAUAGACAGAGAGCGAGCUCGUCUCUGCUCCCUCCGUUCGACCGCAAAAUCAUCCUCUGCUGCUCGAGAAUAUAGUCGGAUGGCUUCAUCGAUGUCGUGCCUUGUGGCUAACAGUCUAACCACCAGCGGUACUAAGUCAAAUUUGACCAAGGACUUCUAUGGUCGGCGGAUACUCCCUUCGUCUUCCCUUCCAUUGUGGAGAAAGGAGGCAAAAGCUGUUUUGGUAAAAGCAUCUUUGGACCAGCAACAUGGAGGCAGGAGGAAGUUUCUGAAGUUGCUAGGAAAUAUGGGACUAACAGCACCUGCACUUUUGAGUGGUGGGAAAGCUUUGGCUGAUGAGCAAGGUGUUUCUUCUUCAAGAAUGUCUUACUCCAGGUUUUUGGAAUAUCUGGAUAAGGACAGGGUGAAAAAGGUAGAUUUAUUUGAAAAUGGGACCAUAGCUAUUGUCGAGGCGGUUUCUCCUGAGUUGGGUAACAGGGUCCAACGAGUCCGUGUGCAGCUCCCCGGACUGAGCCAAGAGCUCCUUCAGAAGUUCAGAGAGAAGAACAUUGAUUUUGCAGCCCAUAAUGCCCAAGAGGACUCAGGCUCUUUACUAUUUAACUUGAUAGGAAAUCUGGCCUUCCCAUUGAUCCUGAUUGGUGGUUUAUUUCUUCUAUCGAGACGCUCCUCUGGAGGAAUGGGUGGGCCUGGUGGGCCUGGCUUUCCUCUCGCAUUUGGUCAAUCCAAAGCCAAGUUCCAGAUGGAACCUAACACCGGCGUGACAUUUGAUGAUGUUGCUGGUGUUGAUGAGGCCAAGCAGGACUUCAUGGAAGUGGUGGAGUUUCUAAAGAAACCUGAGAGGUUUACUGCAGUUGGGGCUCGUAUCCCUAAGGGUGUCCUUCUAAUUGGUCCUCCAGGAACUGGAAAAACGCUGCUUGCCAAGGCCAUUGCUGGUGAAGCAGGUGUUCCAUUUUUCUCCAUUUCAGGUUCUGAGUUUGUUGAGAUGUUCGUUGGUGUUGGUGCUUCCAGAGUUCGUGAUCUUUUCAAGAAGGCCAAAGAGAAUGCUCCCUGCAUUGUGUUCGUUGAUGAAAUUGAUGCCGUGGGCCGGCAGAGAGGAACUGGAAUUGGAGGAGGAAACGAUGAAAGGGAGCAGACCCUUAAUCAGCUGUUGACAGAAAUGGAUGGUUUUGAAGGAAAUACGGGUAUCAUUGUUGUUGCGGCAACUAACCGUGCAGACAUUCUAGACUCUGCUUUGCUUAGGCCUGGAAGAUUUGACAGACAGGUAACUGUUGAUGUUCCUGAUAUCCGGGGUAGAACAGAAAUUUUGAAGGUGCAUGGCAGCAAUAAGAAGUUUGAUGUAGACGUAUCUCUAGAGGUUAUAGCUAUGAGAACUCCUGGAUUUAGCGGAGCGGAUCUUGCCAACCUCUUGAAUGAGGCUGCUAUAUUGGCUGGCCGUCGUGGGAAGACAGCAAUCUCUUCUAAGGAGGUUGAUGAUUCAAUUGACAGGAUUGUUGCUGGAAUGGAAGGAACCGUGAUGACCGAUGGAAAGAGUAAGAGUCUGGUGGCAUACCAUGAAGUUGGUCAUGCCAUUUGUGGUACUUUGACCCCAGGGCAUGAUGCAGUUCAAAAGGUCACCCUGGUACCACGUGGUCAGGCACGAGGUCUUACCUGGUUCAUUCCUUCUGAUGACCCAACCUUGAUUUCUAAGCAGCAACUCUUUGCAAGAAUUGUUGGUGGAUUGGGUGGCAGAGCAGCUGAGGAAGUGAUUUUUGGGGAGCCUGAGGUUACUACCGGUGCAGCAGGCGAUUUGCAGCAGAUCACUGGCUUGGCAAAACAGAUGGUGACCACAUUUGGCAUGUCUGACAUUGGCCCAUGGUCGCUCAUGGACGCAUCACAGAGUGGUGAUGUCAUCAUGAGGAUGAUGGCCAGGAAUUCAAUGUCAGAAAAGCUUGCGGAAGACAUUGAUGCUGCUGUGAAGAGACUUUCAGAUAGUGCAUAUGAAAUUGCACUGAGGCACAUUAGGAAUAACCGGGAGGCCAUAGACAAGAUUGUGGAAGUCCUCCUUGAGAAAGAAACAAUGACCGGGGAUGAGUUCCGUGCUAUCCUCUCAGAGUUUGUUGAAAUCCCUGUUGAGAACCGGGCUCCUCCUUCAGUUCCAUCUCGUGUCUCUGUAUAAAGUAGCAUAAGUCAGUUUCCUGCCUCCACACUUGGUCAUACAUCUUCAACUGAUUGGUGCAUGGCUCGUGACCUUGGCGCUUAAGACAACAGAAGAUUCAUGUGUUGAGCUGUUGUUAUCUGUUAAGUACCUGUAUACUCUAGCAUCAGAUAUGAACAGCUUACCUGUGAUAUAGGAUUCCAUGAA